GCAGCAAGUUCAUAAAAUAGUGCUGCCGUUUUAAGAAAUUUGUUUCACACUCCCUUUUUGUCGCUCGCACCCUUUAACCUCAAACCGUACUUCUAAUGAUCCUCCAUUGACGAUGUCUCAAAACGAAUUCAGUUUAAUAGAAACCAUUCUAUUUGAGCCCAAGAAAGGGUUCUAUCUUUUGGAUUUACACUUGAAACGGCUUCAGACAGCAAUUUGUGAUUUCAAAAAGCUAUUCCCUGAAAGUUUUCCAAAGAAGUUAUCAAAUACCGAGAUUGCAAGUACUCUAAACGAACAACUAAAGAAAGCCUGUGAUUAUUACCGUGUACGAUUACUUGUCGAUACUCGCUCAGAGAUUUCCAUAGAAUGUGCAAUUUUAGAUAAGUCAACUAUAAUGUACGACAGUCUGAAUGAUGCUACUAUGUCUGAUCCACUUUGUCUGGUUGUCCUUGAUAAGCAAGCCAUAAAUACUGAUACAAGAGAUCCUUUCCUUUCGCACAAAACAACUAACCGAAGCGUUUACGACAUCGCUCGAGAGAGGACACAAUGUACUUGGGAUUUGAAAGCGGUUGGAAAGCCGUUUGAUGUUAUCCUGUGGAAUAAGAAUAAUCAUAUCACCGAAACCAGUAUAGCUAAUAUUGCUGUACGUUCUAAGGAUGGGCAAGGGAACAUGGUAUGGAAAACGCCCAAAUUAUCAUGCGGUUUAUUGCCUGGUGUCUUUCGCACAUCACUCUUAUUAAGCCAGCGCGAACCCUUGAUUGAAGAUAUAAUCACUGUAAAUGAGCUAAUCAAUGUACACAAGGUAUAACAAUGACAGUAUUUUUCGAGAUUGUUUAAUUCGCGAUAAGGAGCGCUGAUUGUUUGUAUUAAAUUUUUGUAGAGGGGCGAUCCCAUCCUAUGUUUCAAUUCUGUAAGAAAAGCGUAUAGAGUACAGCUUUUAUUGACAAUAUAACAAUAAAUUGUAU